GCAUGGAGUGUAGGAUUAGUUAUUUUGUGUUGUUUUUUAACAGUAUCUGGUGCAGGCGGUUUAUUUUGUCCAAAUUUAUAAACAAAACAUCACAAUUUUAAGCUUAAAACUGAUUAAUAUUCCCGUCACUAAGUAAAAAAUCCAACCAUGCUUUCUGUUUUAAUAGUUUCUGGUCAUGAUUUGUAUGAUUUUGAUUUUAUUUUUUUGGGGAGGUUUUGGGGUUGAGAGAGUUAAUUAGUCAGCACUGACAGGAUUCACAUCAGAAUUGCAACUUGUAUUACUUUUGACACAUUACACUCAAAGCUCCUGAUUAACUAUUAUUGUGUGAUUGAGAUUUUAAAAGGACAUCUGUGAGGCAGAAUUGAGAGCUGUUUCAGUAUUGAAACAUUUAUUGAUUGUGCUUUGAGUAAAUGUUAAAAUGAUCAAAGCUUAUAGUUUGUUUUUUUUUCCCCCAUGAUGCAUUUUCUGACCGUCAGUAAAACACAAACCAUUUGGAGAGGAUCUGGUUUCUGCUGCUUGAAAUACAUCAUCUCCCCAACUUCAAAUUGAUUAGGUUCUUUAUAAAAAUCUAUUUUUGUCUUCCUUUUUGUUCGAAUUAGGUGACACAAACAUGAAAAUUAUUUUGCCCCUGAUCAUUUCCUGUUGACUUUUUUUCACUCCGUGUAUCUAUUGCAUAUUCAUAGCAUGUGGAUGUGGUGGGAAGGCACCACACCAACACCACUCAAUAGGUCUGAAAACCACAUCCUUAGUCACGGCAACUGGUGAUGACGCCUUCUCUGUGACAGCCUCAGCGCUGUUCCACUUGCUUUUCUCACACAGACAUCAGUAGUUUAGUGACUCGGUUUGGUUGUUCACUGAUUCAGUUGGAGUAUUUUAAAAUAAAAGGUAAGACUCUUGACUUUCAAUUAACGAGAACAGAAAAUACUAAGAAGUGCUGCUUUUUAAAAGGUUUGCUGGUUUCAGAUAUGUUCAAUAAUUCAUUGAUCGCUUUUUAAUUCUAGAAAAUAAAUGUUAUGUUCUGUUAUGAAUAUAUUUAUAAUUAUAUCUAAUGUAAUGUGUAACUGCUAAUUGAUGCUAAUUAUGACGUUUCCCGUCUUUAGGAUUUUUUUUUUUAAUCCAUUAUCUUAUUUUAAUGACCAGCCUGUGGCACAAUUUAGCAACAGAUUUCAGCAAGGGAAUUUUUUUUUUGUUAUUUUAAACAGUUUUAUUGUUGCUUUUAGCACAAAACAAAGGUCCAACGGCUAUCUCUAUAUUUAGUUUCAGCUGCUGUUUCCGCCUGUCUGUAUAGCGGCUGAUAACAGUGGGUCGUCCCCAUGGCUUUCAAACCUCUGUUCCUAUUGUUGCUGUCGGGCCUCACUUGUUUUUUUUCACAGUGGUAAGUUGGCUUAUCUUAUCAGUGUUUUGUUGUUUUUUUCUUGUAGUGAUUUCUAAGAACAAGUCCCAAGUUUACUGUACUUCAUUUAAGUCGAGCCUGCUGUCCAUUAUUGUGUAUUUGUCUUGAUGUGCUUCUUCGGCUACAUUUUCGUAGAAAAUAAGCUUCCUGAAUUGGCAGACAUUGCUGUAUUUAGUAAAUCAUUUCAAGGAGUAGAGAUCUGUGGAGGACAAAUGUUAAAUUUAGUGAAUACAGCUUCUACAUCUGACUGCAUUUUUCUUUUUGCUUCUACAGUUGCGUCUUUGUGCAAUGUCACCUGCACGACAGACUACGAAAAGUCCGUGAACUGUUCGUGUUCAAGCUUGCCGACAUAUCCUGUCCACCUCCAAAUGAAUUGCACGCACACGUUGCCGGAUGAAAUAUUGGCGGCUAAUAGCAGCUGUGUUAUCACACCGCCUUCCUCCGGGUGCGAAAUGAUACUGGAGACACUUUAUGAAGUUGCAUUCGUUGGUUCAGCGUGCACUACGACAGUCAGUGAACAAGAUAACCAAGUAAUGACGAACAGUGAGUCAUCCACCUGGGCACUGAGUGAUGUGGUGAAACCUUCACCUCCUUUCAAUGUUCAAGUGACAAACAUGGAUGAAUUCUACAACAUCACUUGGGACAGCCGCAAAAGCUUGUGUGAGCUGAAAUACAUGGUGCGCAUAAGAGAAAGUAGAGACUUGUUUAAGGAUCCAUUUCUUAUCCGUGAAGUGGAAGAGAUGUACUUUCCGUUACAACGCGAGCUACUGGAACCACAUGUCAGCUAUACUGUGGAUGUUCAGGCCCAAGUGUAUGAUGCCCAUCGGGGUCCGUGGAGUGAAUUUAGUUCUUCUGCUGAAUGGAGAACAACAGGAACUGCUACAGAAGUUGAAGGAAUUGCUCGCUCUUGGUGGUACGUGUCGGUUCCCGUCGCUCUUCUCCUCUGCCUCCUGUUGCUGGUUUAUUUCCAAAAACCGUGUUGGCAGAAAAAGCUCAAGCUGAUUACAUAUGUCCCCAAGCCGAAUGAGUUUUUCAAGCCCCUGUACCACAACUACGAUGGAAACUUCAAGGAAUGGGUGAAGCCUGUCUUCAGCGAGUACGAUUACCUAAUGAUCAGCUCCAACGCUCAGGUGAUCAGCGAGACGCAGCAUGACGUCCUUCAGUGGAACAACAAGAAGCAAAGCUACACCGAGGAAAGCGAGACGAAACAAGUCGGAGGCUCUUUCGUCAAUAUGCUGCAGCCUCCCAGCAACCUGCUGCUGCACCUCCAGGACGGCGGCAGCUCGCAGGGCACCAGCCACUCCACGGGUCACAUCUCCAUCCAUACUGUCACCCUGUCCGGAGAAGAGUUUGAGGAGGAGGUCUCGUCACAGAGCUCCAUCAACACCCUCAGAAGUUACCAAGACGGUGAAAGCUUCGGUUCAUUUGAGGAAGACAACAGAGAGAACGCUGGUUAUGAUUCGGAUGAACCUCAAAUGAACAGGAUGGCUCGACAACGUGAUCUAAUCAAUGACCUGUUGGUGGAAAAUAUAGACUUUGAGCCACAUGGCCAGUUUAAUGAACCAGAGAGGGUAUCGCUGGACUCAUUUGUGUCCAAUGAGCAGUCGGAAGACGGCUACCCUCAUGUAGACUUGGACACCAUUGACAGUGGUUUUGGAGAGUGCAGCAGCCCCAGCGCCUCAGACUCAAACACAGCAGAGCACAAGGACUCAGAUUUAUUCCAGGAGCACAAAAAUUCAAAUUCAAACUACGUCAAGCAGUGGAUGGUAUGCAGCACAAUUCAGGAAGACUCUAGCAACUUGGAGAAUGAAGCCCAUGAAGUCCAGUGAUCCUAGCUUCUGAUUUACUGCUACAGUUUAGCUUGUACUGUCAGACGUGUUUAGAACAUGGACAUAAUAGUUAACAUUUUUACAACAAAUACUUUAAUGAAAGUAGAUUCUAGGUGUCCUGGCACUGUGCAAUCCAGUGUAUUUGGCCAGUCUUGUAUGUAAUUUAGUUCCUAUUUUUAAACAUUUUUAUGAUGACUUGAACUUUUAAGAGAACAGAGAGAAAGUGGUAGCAUAUGUGAAGACUGGACUCUGACAGCUCAAAAACCCUAUAUUUUCCUUAACAGACUCUACAGAAAUGCAACCCCAGGUGAAAAUGUUGCGUAUUGCUUUAAUUUCUACAGCUAAAAAGAUGUUUAGUUUUUUUCCGUUUUGUCGCUGUAUGUACACAUUCAAAUGGUCAUGCUCUUGCAUGCUUUAAUGGUUUGAACUGUAGCACGAGCAUGCAUGCUGCCUUAUCAAGAUGUCUGAUAAUGUCUGUUUUCCUUGCACAUGCAUUUCUCCAGUAACCACUGUUAUCUGUUUUUGUGCGGUGUCAGUAAAAAGUGCAAACUGUUCUAAUCUGUUAACGUGAGGUGAUUAUUUCACUGGCCUGGACCAGAUUCAUCGGAAGGAACUUGAGAAAGUCGUCCGACAAGCUUUGACAAUCUAUGCUCUCGCCUUAAGUUAUUUACAGACUGUCGCUGUCUGUUUUUCAUCAAAUAGAAAUGUUUUACGUGUGUAUAUACUCUUGUUGAUGUUCAUGCACAGCUGAAGAAAACUUGUCUGUGCAGUCAUUUGUGUUUACUGUUUUAGUGGGGAAAAACGGAACCUAAAAGCACACACAUUGUCAAAGUGUCUGAAGGUGGAUUUUUUUCCCUUUGAAAUGCCUCCUAAUGGCAGCUGUUGUGGGAGGGGAGUGUUUGAGAUAUAUACUUUCCAACCCCAGUCCAAAAUUUCCGUGCCAGCUAAUAUGCACAGUGUUGUGCAUCCUAUAUGUACAACAAAACAGCUGAACAUCAACAUUGCGGGCCUGCAACAUUCUGGGUUAAUAUUUUUAGUCAAAGUAAAAUCUAUAUCUGCAUAGAGUCCCAUUUGUAAGUAAAGUGACUUGUUGUUUUUUGGUUUUUUUUGCCUCUGUACUGUGUCACAUUGAACUGGAAUCAAACAGCGAUUAUGAUAAACAGAGUUUGAGUGUUCA